AUGACGUUGUUUACGACAUCUAUCUUAUUUUGUUUAACAUUUUUGGUUGUAACUUUAAAGUCAGUGGAUUCUAUAAACUGCUAUCAGUGUUCUGGGACAGAUUCUGAAAACCCUUUUCAAUGUAACGAGUUUCUAGAUAGUGAUACAGACAUUGUACCAAUUGAUUGUGCGACAAUUCAUGAUGCUCAGUAUUGUAUCAAACACGUCGGUAGAUAUGAAGGUGGAAUAAGCACUAAAAGGUAUUGUUCAUCAUUAGAUUUAGGAAAUUAUUGCAACUAUGUGGCGCAACCCGGAGACAAGUUAGAAUAUAGAACAUGUAUUUAUACAUGUAGCACAGAUGGAUGUAACACAGCAACCAGCUUAAAAGUUUCCAUAUUACUAUUCACAUUAAUGUUAUUUUCAUAUGCAUUCUUUUCUUAA